AUGAGUCAAAUAAGACAAACGACAGGUGUGACAACAUCAACAACUCAUUAUACAUCAUCAAGAACAUCGAAUUCGCCGUCAAUAAGAGCUCUUCAACUGGAAUAUUCGAAAUUACAAAAAGAACCUGUUGAAGGUUUUACUGUUAAACUAGAUGAUGAUUCAAAUUUGUACAAAUGGCAUGUCGGAAUAUUCGGACCACCAGAUACUCUAUAUGAAGGUGGUUACUUCAAAGCUGAUAUGGAAUUUCCAACAACAUAUCCAUUUGCUCCGCCAAAAGUUCGUUUUCUAACGAAAAUGUGGCAUCCAAAUAUUUAUGAAAAUGGUGAAGUAUGCAUUUCAAUUCUACAUCCUCCAACCGAAGAUCCUCAGUCAGGUGAACAUCCAAGUGAACGGUGGAAUCCGGCUCAAAAUGUUCGAACAAUUCUAAUGUCAAUAAUAAGUUUACUAAAUGAACCAAAUUGUUCAUCACCUGCUAAUGUCGAUGCAAGCGUGAUGUAUCGAAAGUACAAAGAACAGAAAGAUGGCGAAUACGAAACAAUAAUACGAAGACAAGUUAAUGAAUCGAAAUUGAUUGCCGAAAAAGAAGGUGUAUCAAUACCGAAAACACUUGAUGAUUAUGUAGCACCAUCACGUGCUGGUGCAACUGGAAAUAGAAAUGGAAAAAAAUCAAUUUUUGGUACUUCAUCACAUGAAAAUGAUGAUGAUGCAGGAAUUGAUGAUGAUGAUGAUCAAAUGGCUGAUAUGGGCGAAGACGAUGAUGAUAAUUAUUACAAUGAAAGCGAUUAA